AUGUUUCUCCAGAAAGAGGUCUAUCGCCUGGGGUCAGAACCUGGACUCCGAUCCCUCCCUCCUGGGCCCGAACGCGAUUUCCUCACCCUCACCUGGGGUCCCAUCGUCUAUCGCACGACAUAUGCGCCAGACUCACAGCGGCUGAUACCGAUAUUCCUCCGAGCGCUCAACGAAGAAAUUCAGAAAGCCCUCUCGAGAUGUCUACCAGGAAGCACGGAACAGAUCCGUCUACUUGAAACAACAUACGCCUCGAAAGUGUUCAACGCUCAGGAGGAAUACCACGGACUUGACGAGGAGACUGUCCGGGAUGCCUUUCAUGAUUGGAAGGUAGCUCUAGCGUUGCCCGCGAUAGAACUCCCUGUCCGAUUGCGGAUGUGCUUGAUGAUAGAUGAUGGAGUGCUGUCGCAUCUCACAACAACCGUAGAUAUGUCGUCCAUGGUGGAGAAGGAUGCGGACUACUCCAGUUGCCCCGUCAAGGUCAUAGAGGAGAACUUUCCUGAUGUACAUCGCCGUGACUCGAAGCCAACAAAAGAAGAUUAUCCUGGCUGGACAAAAGUGGCAUUGUCAGCAAUUGUGGAGGUAUACGACGGUCUGCGACGGGGAAGAAGUCUGGAGGAUUAUCAUAAGUCGUCUCAGGUCUACUUGGGUAACGCACCAGGACAUAAUCUUGGGCUCACUCUGAAAUCAGAUGGCUGUCGAAUGGAUCGCUUCAUCUCGAGAAAGCGGCCUCGGCUGAGUCCGUCGGCUACGCAGCAGACGCUGCCCCCUGAUGAGGAUUCCACAGAUAUGAAGUUGGCGAUGCUCCUAUCACUCUUUCCAGACUUAGAACAGGAUGCUUUACUGGACAUUCUCAUUUCAAGUGGCGGGUCGGUUGAAGACGCAUCUGCCGUAAUUACAGCUCAACGUGGGUAUAAACCUGCCAAAAAGAGAACAGGUGGUGUGUCAGCGAUCCAGACGUCUAUGACCUCACAUAUCAAAACUGAGGCAGGAUUGCCACCAAAAAGGCAACUCACACGGAAAGGAAAGACGUUACAUCUUUUCUCUCCAGAAGAUGUUGCUGCUCAUACUCCGUGUACCAUCAUCCAUAAUUUCCUGCCCCCAGAUGAAGCAGACGCGCUACUACUGGAACUUCUGGAUGAGUCGAAGCACUUUUCAAGGUACAGGUUUCAGCUGUUUGAUCGUACAGUUGAAAGCCCUCACACGAGCAGCUUGUACGUUGCUACUCCUGAGGAAAUUCGCCAACAAACAUCGGAAUACACCUAUGGAGGCAGAUACCGUUCGAACGUGCGCCAGCUUACGCCGUACUUGCGUGCCGUCUCUGCCAAAGUUCAGCGCGCAGUGAACGACGAGGUUCAGAAGCGUAUACGAGCGUGCUAUCCAGAUGGGAAGAAGCUCAAGUAUCAGUCGCCUAAGGAAUGGGUGCCCAAUGCAGCAUUCGUCAACUGCUAUGAUGGUCCAACAGAAAGUGUGGGCUACCAUUCGGAUGAGCUGACUUACCUUGGUCCGCGAGCUAUUAUUGGAAGCCUGAGCUUAGGCGUGGAAAGAGAGUUCCGGGUGCGACGUAUCGUGGCGAGCAAUGACGAUGGAGGGGACGAUAGUGAGGUGUCAGCCAUGGGGUUGACAGCGGAUUCUCCGCCCAGACGGAAAACCACAUCGAAAGGGAUUGAUGGUCGCGCUGAUGCACAGGGCCAAAUCUCCAUACACCUUCCACACAAUUCUCUCCUUGUUAUGCAUGCCGAGAUGCAGGAAGAAUGGAAACAUGCUAUUGUACCCGCGCAGACUGUUUCACCGCAUCCCUUGUCAGGUAACCGGCGUAUCAAUAUCACCUAUCGAUGGUAUCGGGAUUCUCUCCACCCGCGUAACAUUCCGCGGUGCCGUUGUGGCACACAAGCAAUUUUGCGAUGUGUGCAACGGAAACGUGAGAACAAGGGUAGAUAUAUGUGGAUGUGCUAUGCGGGACAUGAUCCAGGAAAGAAAGGUUGCACUUUUUUCCAGUGGGCCGAAUUUGAUGACGAUGGUGAACCUCUCUGGGAAAUUAAGCCCACGGAAGGUGGAGCUCCCACGUUGCGCAACUUCGUCGAAGAAGACGACAAGCAAUGA